AUGCGGGGAGUGCCUGUUCAAUAUGUCGACUGGCUGCGGGUCAAGUUGUCAGGGCGGAAGACCUGUAUCCACUUCGACGAUUUUUUGUCAGAGCUAUUUGAUAUCGUCAGCGGUAUCGACCAGGGCUGCCCACUAUCAGUCAUCCUCUACGCCUUUUACAACUCUGAUCUUAUUGACAGUGCAGACACCAAGCGCGGCGAGCACGCCGUGGGCUCGAUGGACAAUGUGGCAUUAGUGGUCACCAGCAAAACCUUCGAGAGCUGCCACGACAAAGUACGGUGUUUCAUGGAGCGGGACGGUGGCGCUCAGGACUGGUCCACAGCGCACAACUCUGCUUUCUCCCUCGACAAGUUCGGCCUCAUCAACUGCAAGGCGCAGCCGAAGCGCAUCGGCCUCGGCCCGCAGCUCACGCUGUCGUAUGGCACGGUC